AUGGUCGGGUAUCUGGAACUGGGUGCCCUGGAAAACUAUAGCUGCAGAAAAUACCAACUGCUUACGCUAAGAGCUUCUGUGUUUGAGUAUGUACAUUCAGAUAAGAUCUUUGUGGGUGGCAUAUUUCAGGAAGCUGUCAUCCCACAACUCCAGAUUCUUCACGGAAGACAUUGGGGACCAGCACGAAAAAAAUUAGGCAGUGCCGCAGUUUCUGGGGGAAAGAGGGUUGGUGACACAGGGAGAAUAUUGUCCCUGGCUCCACUCACACUGCUCUCGGGGGACUGCUGCCGGGACUCUGCCUCAUCCCUCGGGUACCGGAACCACUCCAACAAGGCGCUGAAAACUCCGCGAUCUCCCCAAAACGCCCUGUCCUUCCGCGGCCUCGACAACAUCUGCCUGGCACGCCAUUCUGCCAACUUCCGCUCCAUCCUGCGGGGCGGAAGUGUCUGGCACCAGAGACUGUUCAACACCAAAAACGGUCCGACCCAUCCAGCGGGGCGGAAGUGUCCGACACUAGGAUUGUGCCCCCAUUCUGAGGGGCGGACGGGUCCGACGGAAGGUGUUCUUGAAGAAGGCACCCUUGCAUACGAAAACUGGAUACAAACUGGAAGUCCUGUCUACAGGCAGUUCUGGCUUUUCAAUGUGAAGAAUCCAUCAGAAAUUAUGAACCAUGGAGCUAAACCUGUGGUUGAACAAAAAGGACCCUAUACCUACAGGGUACGGCAGCUCCCAAAGGACAACAUUACUAUAAAUGAUAAUCAUACAAUAUCAUACCAACAGCCUUUUUCAGCCGUAUUUCAGCCUCACAUGUCUGCUGGCUCAGAAGAGGACAGAAUCAUAGCCCUCAACCUUGUUGCUGCAGCUGUACAAUCCUUUCUUCCUGAGCAAAUUCAUGGUCUCGUCAAUAGCCUCUUGAAAAUGGCAAAGGCCUCUUUGUUCCAGAAUAGAACAGUGGCUGAAUUACUUUGGGGAUAUGAAGAUCCAAUACUGAAACUGGCAAGUUACAAAGACACGACUACUGGUAUAUUUUACCCAUACAAUGGAACAUCAGAUGGAAUUUAUAACGUGUACACGGGAAAAGAUGACAUUAGCAAAGUUGCAAUCAUUGACCGCUGGAUGAACAAGAAAAAACUGACUUUCUGGAAUGAUUCAUACUGUGAUAUGAUCAAUGGCACAGAUGCAAGCUCUUUUCCACCAUUUGUUCAUGAUAAGAAGAAAUUAUACUUUUUCUCAUCUGACAUUUGUAGAUCCAUCUUUGCAGAAUAUGAACAGAAGCAAAUUCUGAAGAAUAUUCCUGUUCAUCGUUUUGUUGUUCCUCCUCAAGCUCUUGCAUCUUCUGUUGAGAAUCCUGACAAUCACUGCUACUGCAAAGAUAUGAGCGUUUCAGAAAAUUGUACCUUUGGAGGAAUUCUUGGUAUUAGUGUUUGCAAAGACAGACAACCGAUUUAUAUUUCACUCCCUCACUUCCUAUACGCAAGUGAUCAAAUUGUGAACGCAAUUGAUGGGAUAAAUCCCAAUAAGGAAGAACAUCAAACCUUUCUGGACGUGGAACCUGUCACUGGAUUUACUUUGAGAGUUGCUAAACGAAUACAAAUCAACUUAAUGUUUAAACCAUCAAAGAAAAUUGACAUAUUAAAGAAUAUCACGAAGCCAACAUAUUUUCCACUUGCUUGGCUUAAUGAGACAGGAACUGUUGAUGAUGAAACUGCAGGGAUGUUCAGAAAUUCUCUAACAAUACCCAUGAAAGCACUCGGUAUUGUUCAGUUAACUCUGAUAUGUGUUGGAAGCCUGAUUGUCGUCGCAUGCACAGUUGCUCUCUGUGUAACUUCAAGCAAAGGAAAGUAUUUGAAUAGGUAAUAAAGAAGAAUAGAAGAGUGGAAACGUUUA